CGGGCGUGAUGAGGCGUUUAAUCCGUGACACGGUGCAGAGCGAAAAAGUUUACACAGGAAACCUACAAGAUGCGGUUCGCCACAUUCCGACCGAGCACGCCGGUGAAUGCAGCGGUUUCAUUGGACAGGUCGUUAAACGCUGAGAGGGGCGUGAAGUUUGCUGCUAGCUCCCGUGUGAUCAUCUGGGCUCCUGUUCAUUCUAAGCGGCGCGCUGCAGAGAACAAUUCCCAAACUGUGGAACUUAAUCUUUACAACAGGCGCGCUUUCGUUUACUUUUUUACGCCGUAGUAGCUGUAAUACUGUCGGACAGGAACUUUUAUUGAAAUGGUAAUUCUGUCCCUGGGUAAGACAUUGUGGCUCAUUGACGUUGAUGCUAACAUAGCUCGUUAGCUUUUGAUGCUAAGGCUAGGUGGCUGGGGUGUUGAAUCGACUAGCUAGCUAGCUGUACUGUUUUAGCUAGAGGCUUGACUCGCGUUGCAAGAAUAACUUAAUAGCAACGUCUGCGUUGUGUCUUAGGCGAACGUUAAUUUAGUAGUGAAAGCAACCAGCUAGUAAAACAUCUAAUCCGGAGCGCGGAUCUGCAGUAGCCAGGAGUUGAGCUUUUCAGUCGUCAACCAGUCCUUCCUUGCACAGGCAGACUAACGGGUGGGUAGCUAAUAGUUACCGGGCUUUGUGGGGCAUGCUAACCGCCCAUCAGAAAAGUUUGAGACUGGUCAUAACGUUUUAGGUAACGUUAGCAUAGGCUAGUUUUGCCUGGGCAUUUAGUGGUGUUAUGAGAAACUUGCAUUGACAAAUUAGCCAACGUUAAGUCGCCUCCGCUGUGGCGCACAGACGACAGGGCCUCGCAGACUCCUGUUGGUUCUUUUCAUUGAGUUAGCGAGUCUGCUCACUUGCCUUCUGAUUGAUGAUGUUUCGUCGAAACAUGUAAAGUUAGCAAAACUGGGAGGGCAACGAUGUAACAUCACGGAGGUGGUAAGCCAUUUUAAAUACAUGACCUGGUGACAAGCAGCGUUAGCUCGCAAAAUGAACGACUCGGGAGUGUUGCCUCAAGAGAAGAUGGAGCUGGAUCUGGAAAUCCCAUCUUCGAUGGUUCAGACCGAUGGACACUUGAGAAGAUCCAACAGUGCACCCAUGAUAAACGGCCUAAGCGAUAACUCCCAGGUGUUCCAGCGGGAGGUCCUGCGAAGUCGAAGAAAUAGCACUACAGUUGUCCACAGGCCUAACAUGGUCCCGUCAUCGCCCAUCCGUGUCCCCAGCUCCAGACUUCAUCAAAUCAAACAAGAAGAAGGUGUAGAUGUCAUGAACAGGGAAACUGCUCAUGAGCGGGAAGUACAAGCUGCCAUGCAAAUGAGCCAGUCCUGGGAAGAAAGCCUCAGUCUGAGUGACAAUGAUUUGGAGAAGUCUGCAUCUUCAUCCCCAAAGCGCAUCGACUUUGUGCCCGUGUCACCUGCCCCUUCACCAACCAGGGGGAUAGGGAAAAAGCAAUGUUUCUCUCCUUCACUACAAAUCCUUGUGAGCAGUAAUGGCCUUUCACCCAGUCCAAUUCCUAGCCCAACAAGACGUUUCAGUAGACGGAGUCAAAGCCCAAUUAACUGUAUCAGACCCAGCAUACUUGGACCAAUUAAACGUAAAGGUGAGACCGAGACAGAGAGUCAACCUAAGCGGCUCUUCCAGGGUACCACCACUAUGCUGUCUUCAGAUGUCUCUAACCUUUCAGAUAUUAGUUCCUGUCACUCCCCAGAUUUACUAGACGGCAGCCUCAGCAGCAUCUGCUCUUCUACCGACUCCCCAGGCAAAAUGGAAGGUGUGUCGCCCUCGUCAUCCAGCAACUCGCCCUACACAUCAUUACAGGAUUUGUCUCCAAAGUGAGUGUGGUGUAGCCAAAGACACUAAAAUUGAUCUGGGCAAAAAAAAAGCUUUCUCCAGGUUGUUGUCUUAGAUCACUCACUUUGCCAUUUCAUAGGUUUAGUUUUAAGGGCAGUUUUCCAUGCUGGCUGCCUGUAUUUGUGGAAACAUUGGAGGGGUCUAGAUAUGUUUUGAAUUAAAGAAAUGAGAUGUGGAUGAGAUGAUUUUGACAUGGAGGUAAGCCUAGUGACACUGGGAAUGUGUAAACACACUGUGAGCACCAGCUGCUAGUAGAGGAUCUUGGAUGGUGCUUGGCUUCUUGGUUUGGUCGUCAUAAGUGGCUGUCCUGCAAAUCUGUCCUACCAAUCCUCACUGGAGAGACAUUGAGCACUGGACAAAAAUGACUAAAUGGAUGUGUGCAGUUCUCUGCUUUAGUGCUAGAAAGUGUCAAUUUGUAUGUACGCAGUCUGCAGAUUUUGUAAGAGGAUUUAACUUAUUGUUUACCUGCUUUGUAAUUAUGUACAUAUUAAUCUUGUAAAAUGUCGUACAUAUUUUUUUAAGUUUUGCAUAGAGGUGAAUUUGAAAACAGGUCCGGAGCAGUUUUUUUUUUUGUUUGUUUUUGUUAAAGCAACAAACUAUUUCUUGGACAAAGCUGUGGAGAUUUCCUUCAUGCUAUUUACAAUUUACAACUUUUUUUUUACACUUCCCUGUGGUCUUUCAACACUAAAGGUUCCUCUGUGUCCUGGUUUGAGAUGUGUUUUGUAAAUAAGCAAAACUAUAAAAACCUUUUGUUUUCUUGGUGGCAAAAUGUUAUUUAUGGAAAAAAAAUAUUAAAAAACUUGGUGAUAGUUUUCUAUGCCCAGUAUAAGUGAAUCCAUUUGUAAUUUACACAAGAUCAACUGGCUGCUGGAUCAUACAGCAACAACAAAAUGGCACCAUCUCAUUGUGAGUAAAUAAGCUGCCGUCUUGUGGUUUCAUUUGAAUUUUUACUUAAUCUUCUUGCAUUUAAGUCUGUAAGACUUAGGCACAGAAAUAGGAAAACUCAACUUUCCUCUUUACAGUAAAUAUCCUAAGAUAUACAGUAUUUAGAGGUAAAGCCUGUACGAUGAUUGUUUUUUUUUUUGUUUGUUUUUUUUAACCAAAAUUUACUUUCCACUGUCCCAGCAUCCAUUCCCCCAUGGCUCUGUGGCCUCUAAUGUAUCUCGCAGUAGGAAGUAAUUGUAAAUCAUUUUAUUAUAGUGUGCCCUUCAAUUUACAGUGGUUGGAAUUUGUUUUGUUUUUUUCUCUGUAUUUACAUAAGCGCGGUCAGCUUGCCCUGUUGUUGAGAUAUUUUUUCCAAGAUGAUUUAUUUUCUUAGUCAUCUUAUCAAGGGGAAGCCUAUGCUUGUCUUUUGUGAUUGCCAUUGUAGCAGAUAGCAAGAUGAAAUAAAUUAUUUCUUUAUGCUUGUG